AUGAAGUUCUUAAUAAAUUUAUUAACAAUUUUCUAUGUAAUUUCAUUUCAUGGCUCUCUGCAACAACGUUUUCUAUUCAAUCCCGCCCAUUUUCUAGAAUCAGCUAGAUCUGUUGUCACUGGCAUAGGUUCACAAGUGGUGCAAGGAGUACUCACACCCAGAGAUCUAUUAAGGGGUUCAAGACAAGUACUGUUUGGUUUGCCAGAAGUGGCAGUAUUUCGUACCAUACAUGAGUUGUGUUCCUUAUAUUUAUCCUCUGGUAAUAUUGAUCCCAUGGUAACGCCCGAUAUACAUCAAAUGUAUUUUCAAUUGCGCACACCCUGCAGCAGUCUAAGUUAUCCCAUAGAGCAGGCUGAACAGAUUUUGGAUAUUGAGGAAUUUGAUGUGAAUAAACCGGUGGUUUUAUUUAUAAGUGGUUGGACUUCUACCAUAGAAUCGGAUAGUAUUUUGCAUGUGGCCAAGGCUUAUAAUUGCCGGGGAGGCUAUAAUUUUUUGGCCUUAAAUGCUUCCUAUUUCAUAGAUACUUUAUAUACCUGGUCUGCUUUUAAUACCGAGGCUGUGGGCCAAAUAGUAGCCCAAGGACUUAUUAAGUUAAAUAAAAAGGUGCCUGCCGACAACAUACAUGUAAUUGGCUUCAGUUUGGGUGCCCAUAUAGCUGGUUUUGCUGCUCGCUAUUUUGAAGCGACUACCGGUGAGAAAAUUCAACGUAUUACCGGUUUAGAUCCAGCCAAUCCCUGUUUCGGUGAAGGUCAAUCUUUGGCUGGCCUGCAAAGAGGUGAUGCCAAGUUUGUGGAUAUCAUUCACACCAACCCGGGUGCCCUGGGUAAACGUGAUCAACUGGGUGAUAUAGAUUUUUAUGUUCAAGGUUUUGCUCCCAUUAAACCCGGUUGCAUAGCAUUUGGCUGCUCUCACACAAGAGCUUGGAAAUAUUAUGCUGAGUCUGUUUAUCCGGGUCAUGAAAUGGACUUCUUGGCCACGCGUUGCAGUACUUUGAGGAAAGCUCAAAGUGGUCUUUGCAAUGAGGCUACGGUGGCAAUGGGCUUUGAGGUGCCCUUCAAUGAGAAGGGUACUUAUAUGUUGAGUGUAAAUCCAGAAGUACCUUAUGGAGAGAAUGCCAGUUAUAAUGGUGAUUUAAUAUUGAGUGAUUGUGGUUUUUGUGAUUAUGAAUAA